CUCAGCCUGUGUCUCGUUAUGGCUCCCUACGCUGCUAUCCUGCAGCUUUCCCUGCUGGCUGGACAUGCUUCCGCUGCUGCCAUUGAUACUCGUUCUCUCACUCCCUAUGCUCCCGUCUCUGCAAGCUGCCCUAGCACUCCCCUGGUUCGCACUGCCAACAGUCUAGGCUCUGAUGAAGCUACAUAUAUCGCUGCUCGUAAGCCUCAGGCAGAUGCUGCUCUUGCUGCAUGGUUGCAGAAGACGGACUCGUCCUUCGCCACUACCAACCUUCCCACUGUUGGCCUUGUACUGAGUGGUGGUGGUUACCGUGCUCUGCUUUCUGGUGCUGGUCUUGUACAAGGUCUGGAUGCUCGUGAUUCUGAUCUCUCUACCAGCGGUCUCUAUCAAGCUAUGACUUAUGAGACUUCACUCUCUGGAGGUGCAUGGUUCUCUACUUCAUGGACUGGAUUGAACUGGCCUACUGUUUCUUACUUGAGGGACAACCUUUGGUCUCAAUCUUUUGCCGAUUCUCUUCUGGUGCCAGCUCGUCUUCUUUCUGCAGUUGCAUACGCCGAGAUUGUCAAAGAUAUUGUAGACAAAGCCAAGGCUGGAUUCCCGCCCACUCUCAUCGAUGUAUACGGUAGACUCUUGUCAUACCAGCUUCUCACCACCAACUCGCAAGAUAUCAGAACAGACGGCGCUGUCUCCAAGACUUUCUCUAGCGUGGUAUCCUCUUCCAACUUUACCUCGCACGCCGUGCCAUUCCCUAUCAUCACCGCCAGAGGUGUCAAUACUUUCGAAGGACAAUGUAUUCCUCGCGAGAAUGGCACACAAUACGAAUUUACCCCCUAUGAAUUCGGAUCUUGGGACUCGGACAUCAAUGCCUUUACUCCCACCGCCUACCUUGGAUCGAAACUGACCAACGGCGCCCCCACCAUCUCCAACCAAUGUAUCAAGAAUUACGACAACUUGGGCUACGUAGCCGGCACAAGUUCUGCACUCUUCAACAACUACUGCAGCACCGUGCCCGCAAAAAACAACACCCAAUCACUCGCUCAAACGCUUCAAGCCAUCGUUCUGAACGCCCACAGCCCUGUGACCCGCGAUCUCUACGCCCCUUACCCAAACCCAUUCUACAAGUACCCCGCGUCCACACUUACGAAUGCACAAUCCGAGAUUCAAAUCGUGGAUGGCGGAGAAGGAAACAGCGCCAUGCCCUUCUGGCCACUGAUCCAGCCCGAGAGAAAGGUAGACGUCAUCAUCGCUGCCGACAACGGUGCAGAUACCUCCGACCUCUUCCCCUCUGGCACAGCAAUCGUAGGAGCCUACGAACAAGCCCUCGCUGCAGGACUCACGCGUAUGCCGUUCAUCCCCUCAUUGGACACCUUUAUCUCUUCCGGUCUCAACAAACAUGCUGUUUUCUUUGGCUGUGACACCUCUGAUACCGUCACGAUUGUUUACUUGCCAAACAACAAUUAUACCUAUGCUUCCAACAUUGAAACUGUGAUUAUACAGACGAGUGAGCAGGAGACUGCGGGGAUUAUCGAAAAUGGCAAUGCUAUUGCUACACAGAAUGGGGAUGAGCAGUGGCCGGUUUGUUUGGGUUGUGCGGUUAUGAAGAAGACUGGUAGUGUGUUGCCGGAAGCUUGUACGGCUUGUUUUGACAAGUACUGUUAUUCUGGAUAGAAAUUGUGUUAUUUUUUUUUUCUCGAGAUGGAGUGGUGUAGAUAACUUAAUGUAUAGUAUAUGAAUCUGGUC